CGUAAUAGCCUGUGUCACCUUACGAGUGGCAGGAAGGGCUCGGGGAGUUAAACUGGAUUUGAAAUAAAAAAAGGAAAUAAGAGGAACACUCAUCAAAAUCACGAUGGCAACUCCUUCCAGUAGCGCGGAGGAUGUUAAAAACAGGGAUGUUAAGUCGCGGAAGGAUGACACAGAAGACGGGCAGCCUGAAGCCAAGAGAGUAAAACUGGGAACCGGCGAGGGAGACACGAGCCUUUUGGAGAUGGAACGCCUGUGUGGCAGCAGGAAUGGCAGCUGCGCGAAACUGCAGGUUCAAACGGCGUCAGCAUCGGCGGCAACUGGCGACAAGAAAGCUGUAGCCGACAUUUCAGCUGCGACUGAUGUUAAGGCUUCGGGAAUUCAUCCUACAAUCAAGCAUCAGAUUUCCACUGGAGUUUCCCACGCAGCCAGCCAGAAGCCUGAAGACGCCGUCAACGAUCCCAAAGCCGAGUGUAGCAGCUGUGUAGAAAAAGAAAACGGCACAAUUCCAAGACAGCAAAUGAGCUGUGACAGAGAGCAACUACGAGGUCACAGGGAUCCAGAGACUUUUUUGGCAGCAGCUCCUGUAAGACUGGAAUCAUGGGACGCUAGACACUGGCAGGGUAAUCAGGACGCUACAGCACCUCCUGAAACCAUGGCACAGCCUUAUGCUUCAGCCCAGUUUGCACCCCCUCAGAAUGGCAUUCCAGCUGAAUAUACAGCGCCCCACCCUCAUCCAGCACCGGACUAUACGGGGCAAACUACAGUUCCUGAGCACACAUUAAACAUGUACCCACCCACCCAGACGCACACUGAACAGAGUGGCCCUGACACAAAUGCACAGACCGUCUCUGGCACAGCCACACAGACAGAUGAUGCAGCACAGACCGAUGGCCAGCAACAGACGCAACCCUCUGAAAACACGGAAAACAAGACGCAACCCAAAAGACUUCACGUCUCAAAUAUUCCCUUCAGAUUUCGGGAUCCAGACCUAAGGCAAAUGUUUGGUCAAUUUGGUAAAAUCUUAGAUGUUGAAAUUAUAUUUAAUGAGCGAGGAUCAAAGGGAUUUGGUUUCGUAACUUUCGAAAAUAGUGCUGAUGCGGACAGGGCGAGGGAGAAAUUACACGGCACGGUGGUAGAAGGCCGUAAAAUAGAGGUUAACAAUGCCACAGCACGAGUCAUGACAAAUAAAAAGACUGUCAACCCCUAUGCAAAUGGGCACCUCCAUCCAUUGGAUGAGAGAUUUCUCAGAGUUGGAGGAAAUCCCUUCACAAGCUGGAAGUUAAAUCCAGUGGUGGGUGCAGUAUACAGUCCUGAAUUCUAUGCAGUACCAGGCUUCCCAUAUCCAGCUGCAACUGCAGCAGCUGCAUACAGAGGAGCACAUCUAAGAGGUCGGGGGCGCACCGUCUACAACACGUUCCGUGCUGCCGCACCCCCUCCCCCAAUCCCAGCCUAUGGAGGUGUUGUAUACCAGGAUGGAUUUUAUGGUGCAGACAUUUAUGGUGGUUAUGCUGCAUACCGGUAUGCCCAACCUGCCACUGCAACUGCAGCUGCCUACAGUGACAGGAGUGGUUCGAACACGCAUAUACACUUGUGUAUGAGGGGCCAGCACUGCUUUACGGACGAGUUUAUGCUGCAGACCCCUACCACCACGCACUUGCUCCAGCAGCCACCUACAGCGUUGGUGCCGUGAAUGCUUUUGCACCUUUGACUGAUGCCAAGACUAGGAGCCAUGCUGAUGAUGUCGGUCUCGUUCUUUCUUCAUUACAGGCUAGUAUAUACAGAGGGGGAUACAGCCGUUUUGCUCCAUACUAAAUGACAAAAACCAUAUAAAAACCUUCCUGUGGGGACAAAAAGAGAAGCUUUCCGAGGCCUGGGUAUUGCAAUACAUGCAGUAGUGCAUCAUUUUAGCAUCUCUAAAGAGAGAGGAAAAAAAUGACAUUUUUUAUCUUAUACCUCAGAUAUUUUGUUCUGUGUAUUUUAAUAUUGUGGGUCUUUAAUUUCUAAAGGUUACAUAGAUUGUUGGCUGUAGAAAUUUAUGUGGUGAUCUAGAAAGCUGCUAGAUAAAAAAAAAUAAAUAAAUAAAUAAGUAACUGUUAGGGCCACAAUCAAGAGCGCUUUAUCAUGUAAAUUAAUUAUAUAUGAUAAAUAUUAAGCUAUUUGGGGUUAUCACAUGUUUUGUAAGAGUGUAAGUGACUAUAGUAGUCAUGUUGUUUUCUGCAUUUUUACAUUGCCUUUGUUUUAUUUAAAAAAUAAAAAACUGGGGAUGGGGGUGGGCAGUCCAUGGAUAGGAGUUGGGGCGGGCAAAAUAUAAGUGGGUGUGUGUUAAUCCCAGAGAGUGACAACAAAAGUGAAAUAAAGCAAAGAAGGGGCACCACUGUUCUGACUAUAUCAGCUGUCUUAAAAUCAUUCACUGUUCAAAGCCAAAGGUUAUGUUACUGAGGUGUUCUCUGACACUUGUACAUAUGAAUUUUUGUAGAAGCUGUCUAACAACACCCAAGAGAUGUUUCACCAACGCAGUAUUUAACUGUUUAACCAUUAUCUAGUUCUUUAAUCAAAUCCUUACUACUUUAGGCCAUUACAAAUGCAUUCUUUUUAUAUUACUUCCAGUAUAUAAAUUAUUAAUAUCAUUGCUGACUUUUGUAUUAUGGGAGGGAAGAAAUUACAUUAAUAAAUAAGGUGAUAAAAGCACUGUUUCUAUUUUUCUUUUUGUUUUUCAGAAGGAAAGUAAUAAAACUAGAAUUCUUUGUACCAGUUAAAAAAAAAAAACAACAACAAUGUAUAAAAUUUGAAAUGUGCAGUGGCAAAACGUUCUGUUAUAGAAAAUACACAACUGAUGUUUUAGAUUUAGUCUAGUAGACCAACUGUUAGCAAAAAGGUGUAUCAUUUUUAUGGAAAUACAUGAUAAUCAUAUUCAAAUUUAUAUAAACAUUUUACAAGUAUUGCAAUCAUUAUGUAGAGAUAAUCAUGGUAUUUUUGUCAGCUUGGUACUUUUUAGACAUGACUGUGCUGCAUACACAACCUGCAAUUUUUCUUCUCUUUACAGCUUGUUAUACGUAUCUCUCUCUAAAUAAUAUAUAUAUAUAUAUAUAUUUUUGUUUUCAUUUUUUAAAAGAAAAACAAGGCCUAUAAAUAUUUUGGACUAUGUAGUUUGGUAAACAAUAUCCAGAAGUACCAAUAAUAUAAUUCUGUCUAUCUGCAUCACAAAAUGUCCAGACCGCAGCCUUGAAAAAUUGCAGCUUGUCUUUGCAAAAGCUAAGACUCUGUUCAUGUUGUCCUGUUUACAAGUAAACCUAAGUUGAGGUGUUUGUCACAGGUCUCCUUUUUUUGUAUUUAUUAAAAGAAAAGAGAAGAGAGCAAGCAGCUGAAAGCUGUCUUGCUACAGAUCUUAGUUAUAUCCUCAUGUGUACUGUGUGCAUCUCAUAGCACACAUCAGUAAAAUAUCUUACCCACCGCUGUGAUUCUACUAUUAAAGAAAAAAAAAUCUGCUUAAAAAGAGUGUUGUGACCAGGCGUUCUCCUUGUCAUCGUAUGUGCAUGCAGUAUGAUCAGCUGAACAAUAACCAUCAAUAAAGUUUCACAAGAUAAGGGGAAAA